AUGAAGGGACCCAGACCGCUCACGAUCGUUAUAAAACUUGGAACAAGUUCAAUCGUGGAUGAGAAGACUCAUGAACCUCUUCUAUCCAUUUUAAGUCUUAUCGUUGAGACUGCAGUGAAACUUCACAAAGAUGGCCACAAAGUAAUCAUUGUCUCCUCUGGGGCCAUUGGUGUAGGUCUGAGGAGGAUGGAUAUUGAAAAGAAACCCAAGCACCUUCCAAGGAUUCAAGCGUUGGCGGCAAUUGGACAAUGUCGGCUUAUGAGUCUGUGGGAUAGCCUUUUCGGUCACCUUCAGCAACCCAUUGCUCAGAUAUUGCUCACGAGAAAUGAUAUCGCGGAUCGUACUCAAUAUCUUAAUGCUCAAAACACGUUUGCGGAGCUCCUAGAAAUGAGAGUAAUCCCUAUCGUAAAUGAGAAUGACACUCUCGCCGUGGCUGAAAUCAAAUUCGGAGACAACGACACAUUGUCUGCCAUCACAGCGGCAAUGGUACAUGCAGAUUAUCUAUUUCUCAUGACCGAUGUAGACUGUCUUUAUGACAAAAACCCAAGGACUCAUGCAGAUGCCCAGGCUAUUGAAGUGGUGGAAGAUAUCGCGGCAUUGCAAGCAGACGUAUCCACCGCAGGCUCAAGCCUAGGAACAGGUGGCAUGUCCACGAAAAUAGUUGCCGCACGCCUCGCCACUUCCGCAGGGGUGACAACAGUGAUAGCGCGCUCCUCAAAUCCGGGAAACAUCGCCAACAUAGUCCACUACCUCCAGUCUAUCAAAUCAUCCGUUUCAGCUUCGGAAACCUCCUCUCCACCCCCGGGAAAACUUAUAUCCUCAGAACCCAAAUUAUUCGACGAGCCACUCGCCCGCUCCACGAGCUCUCUUACCUUGGAAACAGUAUUAGCCCCACUACAUACUCGCUUCGUACCCUCAUCACACCCAAUCCGUGACCGCCACUUCUGGCUUCUCUAUGGUCUUACUCCACAUGGAACAGUAUAUAUCGAUAUCGGCGCACACCGCGCUCUCGUAAACAAAGCGGGCCUGUUCCCCGUAGGCGUCGUAGACGUCGAAGGUUCAUUUUCUCAACAAGAAGCCGUGCGUCUAGUGGUCGUCGACCGAUCCGCUAUACCAAGCGAUGGAACGCCCUUAGAGGGCAUAGGCGUCGAGGUUGGCAGGGCUUUGGUCAAUUACAGUGCGGCGGAGAUAAUGAGGAUCAAAGGAGUGAAAAGUGCGGAGAUCCAUGGCCUUCUAGGGUAUGCGGAUAGUGAAUAUGUUGCUUUACGGGAGAAUAUAAGCUGCUUUGAAAGGGAGAGUGGUACUGUUACGCCGAGUGUAGAAAGUUAG